GUUAUUUUUUUUUAAACAGUAUCGAUGAAUCAGGAAUUUGUCUUUCCGCCGGAUUUCUAUAGCUCCCCCUUUUCUGGAUAUCUAGAACUAUCCCUGGUUCCAUCUUUUUGCCGUCUCAAGCAAACAUGGCUGCACGAUCAAUCUCAAAAAAGCGAAAGUUCGUAGGAGACGGUGUCUUCAAGGCCGAGCUCAACGAGUUCCUGACUCGUGAACUCGCUGAGGAUGGUUACUCUGGUGUUGAGGUGCGUGUCACCCCAACACGUACCGAAAUCAUUCUCCUGGCCACUCACACGCAGAGUGUGCUCGGUGAGAAAGGACGUAGAAUUCGCGAAUUGACAUCUGUCGUUCAGAAGCGUUUCAACUUCAAGGAUCAGAGCGUUGAGUUGUACGCUGAGAAGGUUGCAACGCGUGGCCUCUGCGCUAUUGCCCAGGCAGAGUCCCUCAGAUACAAGCUCAUUGGUGGUUUGGCUGUCAGGAGGGCCUGCUAUGGAGUACUCCGAUUCAUCAUGGAAUCAGGAGCCAAGGGCUGCGAAGUCGUAGUCAGUGGAAAACUCCGUGGCCAGAGAGCAAAGAGCAUGAAGUUCGUAGAUGGCCUCAUGAUACACUCGGGAGAACCGACCGCUGAUUACGUUGACACAGCGACACGUCACGUUCUCCUCAGACAGGGUGUUCUGGGGAUCAAGGUCAAGAUUAUGCUGCCGUGGGAUCCAAGUGGCAAGAUGGGACCCAAGAAGCCCCUUCCAGACAACGUCAACGUUGCUGAGCCUAAAGAGGAAGUCAUUCCUCAGCAGCCAUCCUCGGAUGUCAAGCCCGCCAAGGACGCUACACAGGCAGCACCGAUUCCUCUCUAAGUCUACAGUCUAAGUCUAAUCUUUACAAUAAAAACAUGAAAACUUGA